CUUGCAAAUAAGAGUAAUAAAGCAGCUAUCUGUCGUGCUUGUAUAGAAGUUUUAGGUGACGAAGCCAAAAAAAUAACAAACAAAGCAAAUUUAUGUUAUAAUCAUUUGAAGUCUUGUCCAAAUUUUGCACAAAAGUAUACUACUGAAGAAUUAAAAAAAAUUCUUCAACAAAACGAUAAAGAAAUUUUAAAUGAAUCUAAUAAUGAAUCUAAUAGCGAAUCUGAUGAAAGUUCUUCAAAAAAAGUCAAAACAGUUUCUCAAAACCUGAUUAAACCUGUUAAAAGGCAAAGACAAACAAGUGUUAACCAAUAUUUGUGUCAUCCAUUACCUGACAAUAUUCAGCAGCAAUUUGAACGACAUUUAAUUCGUGGAACAGUAAUGAAUGGAUUAUCAUUUAGGUGGAUACAAGAUGAGGAUAUCAUAGCAGCUUUUAAACUUGCUAAUCCGGCUAUACAAUUACCCUCACGUCGUAAACUAAGUGGAUCUAUUCUAAAAAAAGAAGUACUUGUAACUAAUAUAGAAAAUUCAACUAAUUCGGAUGAUAAAAAAUUUCCAUCUGACAUAGCUGAAAUUAUAAAUGAUUCUACAUUUUGGAAUGAUUUAAAAGAGUUAAAUGAUAUUCUUCUUCCAUUUUGCGCGACACUUAAUCAACUUCAUCAAUUCCGGGGAAAAAUAAAGCAAGAGCGCAAGUUAAAAGCUAUUGAAAAAGCGGCAAAACAAAUUCACAAUCCUAACAUUCUAUUACCUAUAUCUUCGGAUACUGAAGAAAAAAUAAUUACAAACUGGUCAUCACUUUUAAGAGAUGAACAAUUCGAAGAAGAAUUAGAUUUUAUGGAUGUAGAUGAAAUGGUACAUCCUGCUACGAAUCAAGAUGCUAA